AUGUCGGUGCCGCGCUACCUGCAGGCAGGGUUCGAUCCCAUGACAAUAAAGAUGGACAGCAUCCGAGACAUUCUCAUCCAUCACAAGGUCAAACCGCCAACAGGAGAAGUCAGAAAACAGGACUUGGUCAACCUUUUUGAACUCCAUAUCCGACCGCGUACAGCCGACUUGAGGAAGCGAUAUGAGCACGCCAAUCCCGAACAGGAUGCUGCUACAACCAAGGCCACCAAGACACCGGCACCGCGAUCACAACCACAACCAAACCAACAACAAUCGCCACAGGCAUCGUCACAGCCACUUUCACAACAAUCAUCUUCAAUAUCCAACACAGCAACAACAACGACUGUCGCACAGCCGACGCGCCAGGAGAGAUCGGCGGUGCUAUCGUCUUCCACAUCAUCCAUGUCAUCGUCGUCUUCCUCCAAAAGACGCGAGCCUACGAGCAGUGUUAUCACCAAGCCGAUCUACACAGACGAGGAGAACGAGACCAAGCCCAGGCUAAGGAGGAGGAUUGUUGACGAGGGUACCGACAUGGACUUGAGUUCAACAUCAAGUUCUAUUCGGGGCAGGAAAUCAGGAAAGUCCUCCGUCAGGAAGGAAGAAGAAUCUGCACCCUCGCUGGAACGAAGGUCGCCUCGGAAAAAGAAAUCUGAUGGAUCCAAGAAGCAGCGGGAAGUAGUCAGCGCGAACUUUUCUGAUGAGAACCCGUUCCAGAGUGGUAGUGAAUCAGAGCGUCGGAGACGGUCAAAGUCAAGAGAGUCUUUGACCUCAGCAGGAUCUUCCCGCAACUCAUCGACUGUCCGUAAAACAAGGAGGAAAUCACGCGACGACGAUUCACGCCUGGAUCGGGACCAUGUCUUCAAGGUACCCGCUCAACCAGCAUUUUCAAAGUACAUGGCUACUCCCAAAUACACGGCAGGCUCGGCAUUCGACAGGACAGACUUUGAUACAGGACCCUUUCAUAACUCACCCUUGUUCGCCAAGACCAAGCGGAUGACCAUCGCAACUCUCCCCCCACCACCGCCUCGGAUCAUUCAGUUUGAAUCAGCAGCGAAUACUUAUGGAACUCGUUCCAAGAGAAGUCGUGGCGAAGAAGGACCCAACCUGGGACCUCUGAAGUUUGUAUUUUUCCUGGCGCUGUUGUCUUUUGGACUUUGGUAUCGACAAACCCGCAUCGACAUUGGCUACUGCACACUUUCGAGAUUUAUCCCAACACCCACCGGCAACAAACACCUCACCACCAAGCAAGUUCUUGUUAAGUGGCUAUACCCAACAUGCAUCGCAUGCCCAGACCAUGCCAGAUGCACUUCCCCUGGCGGUGAUCCAUUGUGUCCACCCGAGUACAUUCUUCGUCCACACCCCCUCAGCUUUGGCAACAUACUCCCAUUGACACCCACCUGUGUACUCAACAAGGCACAGGAAUACCAAAGCCUUCAGGUUGCUGAUGUAGCCGAAAGCAUACUCCAUAAGCGCGCUGGACGAGAAGAGUGCAGGGCCUCGAUCCGCCCACAGCCCUCUGCUGAGCUGUUUGCCCGCCAGAGAUUUUCUGUCAAUGAUCUAAGAAAAAAGAUUGAAUCUCUUAAGGAUUCCAGCGUUUCUCAGGAAGAGUUCAGCCAGUAUUGGAGGCUUGCAUUGAAUGAGCUCUACCGUCGAUCGUCAACCAUCACUAUCGAACAAGGAAUAUGGGAAAAAUAUCUGCGAUCGGUGAAGCCUGAUAGGCCCAUUUUCUGCCGUGUGCGCCAAGGAGUUCUUGGAUGGAUCGACCAACUCAAAGAGAUCCUCCUUGCGCUAUUGACAUUGGGAAUGGGUGGACUACUGACCAGGAAUUACAUCUUGAAACGACGCGAAGAAGCGAGGAUUGUUCAGGGUCUAGUGGAGGAUGUUUUGAGCAAGUUGUCGGAGCAGGCGGACGCUAGUGCCGUUGAUCCCAUCUAUUACGCCCACUCCUUUGUACCACAGAUCCACCUCCGGGACGCUCUAUUGGCUCAUAUACACUCGCCCGUGCGGCGGCAAGAGAUUUGGGAAAAGGUCUCUGUGAUUGUUGACAAGAAUGCGAACGUACGGGUGAGCGCUCAGGAGCUUCAUGGGGAGAUCUACCGAGCUUGGGAGUGGAUUGGUGCGUCGGGUGUGCUGAGUCAGAAGAAGGGUAGCCUUGGAGCGAGCAACCGCAGUGCUAGCAGCGCCGGCGGCAUCGGUGGCAACAGUGGUAGUGGUGUCCAAACAACGGCGACGACGAUGUAUGAUAACUUUCACGAUAGAAUCCUGCAUGAAGAUGAGCAGAGUCUGCACGCGUCAACAGGCUCGCUCUACCCUUCGUUGUCUUGA